AUGGCGGGGCUGUGCCGGGCCCUGAGCCGGGCCCUGAGCCGGGCUCUGCCGAGCCGGACACUGCCGGGCCGGGCCGUGCUGUGCCGGUCGCUGUGCCGGGCGGCGGCGCGGCCCGGGCAGGUCCCCAGGGCCCGGCCGUGGGGCUGGGGGCUGGCGCUGGGGCUGGCCGUGGGGGUCCGGGGCGAGGCGGACGGAAGGCGGGAGGAGGAGCCGCCGCCCCCGCGGGGCUUCGGCGCGGCCGUGGAGCGGAGCAGGGACCUGCUGCGGAGGGUCAAGGAUGAAGCAGGAAUCCCAGGUAUAAUCGUUGGAGUUUCUGUGGAUGGAAAGGAAGUCUGGUCAGAAGGUCUGGGCUAUGCUGACGUGGAGAACCGUGUCCUGUGUAAGCCAGAGACCAUCAUGAGAAUCGCCAGCAUUAGCAAGUGUCUCACCAUGAUGGCUGUGGCUAAACUGUGGGAAGAGGGGAAACUGGAUUUAGAUGCUCCAGUGCAGAAAUACGUCCCUGAAUUUCCAGAGAAAGUCUACGAGGGCGAAAAGGUCACUAUUACGACCAGACUGUUGGUUUCACACCUGAGUGGGAUCCGUCACUACGAAAAAGACAUCGCGAAAGUGAAAGAAGAGAAGGAAAAGGCAAACAGAGCACUGAGGCCGACCAAACCCCACCAGGAUAAAGAACAAAGAGAAGGCAAAGGGACUGAAAAACCUGAUUCUGCCAAACCAAGGAAGGAACAGGACGGUGAGACGAGAACUAGGAACUCGAAGCCUGGCAGGAGGGACAAGGAGUUUGAGCAGGAAGAGUAUUACUUGAAGGAAAAAUUUGAAAGUGUGAUUGACUCACUGAAGAUAUUUAAAAAUGAUCCUUUAUUCUUUAAACCAGGCAGUCAGUUCUUGUACUCAACAUAUGGCUUUACUCUCUUAAGUGCUGUUGUGGAGAGAGCUGCAGGACAAAAAUUUACAGACUACAUGCUGAAAAUGUUUCGUGAUCUGGAUAUGCUGUCCACUGUGCUGGAUGACAACGAGGCAAUGAUAUAUAACAGAGCAAGGUAA